AUGCCGGCCACAGCUGCAGCCCGGGGGUGUGCUGCUGGGGCUUUGUGGAAUUUGGGCAACCCCAGCUCUUCCUGUUCCUCCGACGCCCACACGGAGCCAACAGCCUCCUCCAGAGGUGCUCGCAGCCACCUCGCUCUGGGGGCGUGGUCUGCUUCGUGGCGGCCGAAGGAGCCGAGGUUCGCCGGAGACCCCUGGACGUUUGACAGUGCACGUAAGGACACAGGCGUCUGCAGCACAGAGGAGGCCGUGUGCGUGGAGUCCCGGCUCCCGGAGGCCGUGGGACGCGGCGGAAACGCCGGCCUCAGAGACACCCCGGCCGGGUUCUUCUGCUCCAAGCAGGGGUGGCUUCAGCGGACGGUUCGUCCAGGCGGGUCAGCAGGUCCCAGGGGAACCCGAGAAAGAAAAGCACCGUUUUCUGCCACCUCUCUCACUUUGGAACCCAGGACGCAAAGGCCCAGGAGCUCAAAGCGGCACAGGGCAUGCCUCAGGUUUUAUGUGACUGUCGUCCUGCUGAAUGGCAGUUCUGCGCAGUACCUUUUAUCUUCCGGUCUUCGAGGCGGGAUAACAUGGGAAAGAAUCAGAUUUGCAUCAUGUAAAAAUUCAGCUAAUUCAGAACCUGAAAUCGAGCGAAAGGAACCUCCCGUGGAGUAUCUAAGAAGUCUCAGAGCUCUGUGUUCACCUGCUGCAGACAUACGCAGCCUGUCCCCGACGUGGCCUUCCUGGGUGACGGACGAGCAGCCGGCAGGAGCCCCUUUCCCGGAGCUGCUGAGCUAGGGAAUGUUCAUCAGUGCACCUCACUCCCGCGUUUGCUCCCUGCGCCAGGGAGGGGCACCAAGCUGGUAGCGGGCACAGCCGUGAGGCCCUAAAGGAAGACUCCGAUUCCCCCCUGGAGCCCAUUCUUUCCGUUUCAUUUACUCUCUUCCUUAUCACUGAGCCCUCCCGACAGGGCAGAAAGCCAUCAAAGCCCGAUGCACACGGCUCACACACCUACUAGCUGGACAAGUUUUUUAAUUUCUUGAGCCUCCGUUUCUUCUUCUGGAAAACAAUACCUUCCCCACAAGGUUGUUGCUGUUCUUUUUAAAUUAUGGUAGAGGGCGCCUGGGUGGCUCAGUUGGUUGAGCGUCAGACUUCCGCUCAGGUCAUGAUCUGACAGUUUGUGCGUUCAAGCCCCGCAUCGCAUCGGGCUCUCUCUGCUGUCAGUACAAAGCCCGCUUCAGAUCCUCCCUCUCUCUCGCUCUCUGUCUCUCUCUCUGUCUCUCUGUCCCCUCCCCUGCUUGCUUUCUCUCUCUCUCUCUCUCGCUCUCAAAAAUAAAUUUAAAAAGGGGCACUUGGGUGGCUUAGUUGGUUAAGCAUCCGACUUUGGUUCAGGCCUAUGAUCUCACAGUUCGUGGGUUCGAGCUCCGCAUCGGGCUCACUGCUGUUGGUGCAGAGCCGGCUUCUGAGCUGACAGCUCGGAGCCUGGAACCUGCUUCAGAUUCUGUGUCUCCCCCUCUCUCUCUCUGUCCC